CCAGAGACUUUUUCAAUGGAUUUUGAUCUCCAAAAAAUGGAGAUAUGGGUCUUCCUCUUCGUCGUCUCCCUCUGCAUUGCUUCUCUCCUCAAAUCUCUCCAUGAUUUCUUCUUCCCAAAGCUCAAUCUCCCACCAGGACCCGCUGCCUUUCCUCUCAUCGGAAACCUCCACUGGCUCGGCCCAUCCUUCGCCGACCUCGAACCCAUACUUCGAAAUUUACACGCCAAGUACGGCCCAAUCCUCACUCUCCGAAUCGGCUCUCGCCCGGCCAUCUUCAUCUCCGAGAACUCCCUCGCCCACCAGGCCUUGGUGCAAAACGGAGCCGUUUUCGCCGACCGUCCUGCGGCGCUUCCGGCCAGUAGAGUCAUGAGCAGUAACCAGCGAAACAUCAAUUCGAGCCCCUAUGGCCCGACCUGGCGUCUCCUCCGCCGCAAUCUCACGGCCGAGAUUCUCCACUCUUCCCGGGUGAGAAGGUACUCCCACGCACGGAAGUGGGUGCUGGAGAUUCUGGUCUCUCGGCUUAGAGGCCACUCCGACGGAUUUGUCCCCGUCCGAAUAAUGGAUCACUUUCAAUACGCCAUGUUUUGCCUACUGGUGCUCAUGUGUUUCGGGGACAAGCUCGAGGAGAAGCAAAUUCAGGAGAUUGAGAUGAUUCAACGAAAGUUGUUGUUGGCGUUCCGUGGAUUGAAUUGGCUCAAUUUGUGGCCGAGGAUGGGGAAGAUAUUAUUUCGAAAAAGGUGGGAGGAGUGGCUUAAUUUGCGCAAGGAUCAGGAAGCGAUUCUUCUGCCGCACAUAAGAGCCAGACAGCGGCUUAAGCAGGAAACGCAAAACAAACAAGAAGAUGAUUCAUCUUCAUCUUCAAAGGACUAUGUCUUGUCGUAUGUGGACACUUUGCUGGAUCUGCAGCUGCCGGAGGAGAAGAGGAAGCUUAAUGAAGGAGAGAUGGUGACGAUGUGCUCGGAGUUUCUCAGUGCCGGAACUGACACUACCUCCACUGCACUGCAGUGGAUCAUGGCAAACCUGGUGAAGGCCCCCCAUAUUCAGGCCAGGCUUUUCGAGGAGAUUUGUGGGGUUGUGGGGGAGGGAGAGGAGGAGGUGAAGGAGGAGGAUUUGCAGAAGAUGCCAUACUUGAAGGCAGUGGUCUUGGAAGGUCUGAGGCGGCAUCCUCCGGGACACUUUGUGUUGCCUCAUUCAGUGACCCAAGAUGUAAGCUUUGAAGGGUAUGACAUACCCAAGAAUGCAACUGUGAAUUUCUCAGUAUCAGAUAUGAAUUGGAACCCAAGGAUUUGGGAAGAUCCAAUGGAGUUCAAGCCAGAGAGGUUCUUGAACAGCAAUGGAGAUGGAGAUCAUGCAGAUGAAGGGAAAGAAUUUGAUAUAACUGGGAGCAGAGAGAUAAAGAUGAUGCCAUUUGGUGCAGGGAGGAGGAUUUGUCCUGGGUAUGGGUUGGCAAUGCUGCAUCUGGAGUAUUUUGUGGGGAAUUUGGUGUGGAAUUUUGAAUGGAAGGCAGUGGAGGGAGAUGAAGUUGAUCUAUCUGAGAAGCUGGAGUUCACAGUAGUGAUGAAGAAUCCAUUGCAGGCUCACUUAUCUCCAAGGUUGAAAUAAUUUAUGAAUAAAUAAAAUAAAUAAAGAAGUAGACGGCUUUAGAAGACCCCCAUGCACCACUACUACCUCAUCAUCACCAUAAUUCAUAUGAUAUUUCAGUAUAAUGUAUGGAUUUGAACUGCACAUUCUAUAACAUAUAUGCAGAAUAUUAAAGAGAAAGUUGGCUCGAUGUGUAUGCAAAAUCGUAAGAAAGUGGGUUAUCUUUCCUUGUGUCUAGCUACCUCUUGGUUGGUCUUCUUUGAUGGGAAUUUUAUCGGCAAGAGGAGAACAAAAGGAAUCCUCCUUUCCAUGAGCCAUACAACAAAUGACUUUUUGAUGGGGCCGGGAAGUUAUAGCUAAUGAAGAAACAAUCGAACUCAAAUCAUAUAUAUUCAUUAUUUUUUUCAUCUAGGGAUGAGGUUGACUGAAUCCCACCUUCUCGGGAGAGACGAGCCACGAAAAAGCAAGAAAGUGCAAUCAAUACUAAGACCUAUGCCUAGAUUUCUUGACCGAUAACUCUAAUAUGCAUAUAAAAAUUUCCAUUCAAUGUGUAGUUUCUUCUGUUUUUGUGUUCAACGAUAAUUACUUUCUUC